ACGAAGGCGUGGAAGAGGAGUGUUUUGUGGAGGUCAGCGAGAAAUCGAAACUGAGUUGAGCUCUGGAGAGUGUGCGGAGUGAAACUGACCAGUUCCUGGACAGGGAGGGCUGGGUACCGCCGGGCAGCAACACAGACUGAAGGCUCCAAACUCAUGGAAAGACAAGCGCUGCUCAGUGCUGCUGAACCCCAGGACAGCUAUGGAUCCACACCACCCCAGGCUGAACCAGCAGCUUCAGCUUUCCCCGAAAUCUCGCAGGGUGAGGAAUGGGCAUCAGCACCUCCCGUUGAUAUGCUGGACGAUGUGGCUGGAUAUGAAGGAACUAUGUCAGGUGGCGAGGGAAGCUACAUUCUCCCACCUAGUUCUGUGGCAGAAGGAGCACGGAGAGAUGAACAUCAUCCACAGGCAGCUUGGAGUAUUCCCAAUAUCACUGAAGACGUAGCUAGAGAAGCAUUCAUUGAGUUUGCAUCCAGCAAAUGUUGCUACAGCACCAGCCCUGCCAAAGAGAUGAUCUUUCGGGAUUUAAGACCAUACAACACCUACAGAUAUCGCCUAGAAAGCUUCACCGAAUCCAGAUCAACUGAGUGGAAGAUGGUGCCUUAUAGUGGGCAGUUUGUGGACAGCAAUGCAUAUGGAAUUCCUCCCCUCCCCUGGGAUAUAAUCGUGGAGAAGCCUCCAAUGUUUCAGGACCAUGAGAAGAAAAUUCCAGUGCCACACACUUCAUCCACAAAGGGGUGUCACGUAUGUAUGACGUUGGGAAAAGUAGCAUGCAACAAAUGCACUGCAACUGGGCAGGUUAAGUGCUGGGUGUGUAAAGGCCGAGGAUCCCACCUUAGCAAUGAUGUGUGCACCCACUGUAAUGGCUUUGGACUUGAAAGAUGUACUCAUUGCUCUGGCAAAGGGACAAGAUUGUGCCAAAUGUGCAAAGCAAGUGGACAACUAAUGGUGUUCAUCCAGCUGACAGUCAAGUGGAAAAAUAACAUCUACGAAAAAAUUGCUGAUCAACAAAGUGGACUUCCUUUGGACCUUUAUAACAAAAUGGCAGGCCAGAACAUCUUCACUGAUCAACAAUACAGGGUCUAUCCGAUAGUGGGAUUUCCAGAGAAUCAGAUUAAUCAAGCCUCUCAGCUAGCCAUCCAAAAACAUCAGAACGAGCUGAUGAGAACCUCCCACAUAAUCCAACAGCGUCAGACAAUUGAGUUCAUUCCAAUUACUCAAGUGUUCUACGAAUGGAAAGGAAUAGAAUACAACUACUUCACAUGCGGUACGGAAAAUAAAGUGUAUGCCCCAGACUAUCCUGCAAAGUGCUGCUGCUGCAGCAUUCUGUAACCAUUCCAAUUUGAAACUGCUGUUCCUCCCUAGAGAAUGUCCACACAACAGCCAAGAUGCAGCAGCUCACUACCAGCUGCUCAAAACCCAGCUCUUAUUCAGCAAGUUGUCGGUGAGUUUAUUCUGCCAAACCUAUGCCAGUUUCUCCAAUCAGUAGUUGAUCAUCACUCUAAUAAAUAAGACAAUGGACCAGUCCUCCGAGUCUCUCCAUGGUUUACUGGUGGAUUACCCCAUCCAAUGAGUCCUUGAUUGGGAUGGCUCCUGUUCAGAUGAUGAUGUCUACCGUAAUAGGAAUGGGUACUGCAGUUACAGUUAAGGAGUGUGGCAGAAUUACUAAAGUUCCAGCAGUGACCCAGUGACCUUUGGGAGUGCAGAUGUAUUGUGGGAUGUUUGGUCAGGCCUGGCUGUAUUGGCCCCACUCAGGUAAAAGGACUGGCAGCAUCUAUGCUCGUUGUUUCUGAAUGGGGAUAUCUCUCCAGUAACUACUCGCUCCCAUUAUAGAAUCGGGUUGAUUUUAUAAAACUUAAGCUUCCAAUCUGUGAUCUCUGUUCUGCUUAAACACUAACUCUGUCUGUUGAGACUUUGCAAUGGAAACCUUGCGUUAGUUGUAUGUCAGUUGCAUGCAAGUAGAAAUUAGUAAUUGGGGUUUCACUCGAGCAUAUAAAAUAUUCACUGGUGAGUUAGGAGGUGGAUGUUUGCAAAGUUUCAUUCUGUAAAUAACGGCAAGACCGUGUAGGUUGGCUGAAGUAUCCUUCUCAUGUUCUCCUUUCUGGUGUAGACCACCUCGCAUUAUAAGAUAACCUUUUGUAAGUCACUGUGGAAAUAUAAUUAAUCCUCAGGAGGUCUACACCCAGAAUAAAGGUGGUGUGGCACAUAAUAUCGCUGUGGGCCUGUGCUGUGAUGAAAGCAACAAGAUGAGAUUGAGCAUCUGCAUUGCUGACUGGUAUCUCAUCAACAUAGAGGCUCUGCAUUUGUGCAGAUAUCCUGAGGGAAAGGAGAUAGUCCAGAGAACAUCACAAAUAAGUCUAAAGGUAAUUCUCUGCCAAUGAGAGCAAAUGGGCUGUUAUUUCUGUGGUGGGGACAGAGAGGCGUUGUGAGCAACUGCAACACAAAAGGGACAUUUGUGUUUAUGAAGGGAACAGGAUAACUACCGAGUCUACUUUUGUGCGUUUUUUUCUAGUUACUGAAACUAUAAUUUGCGUAGUCCACAUGUGACAUGUUUAUGGCUUUACAAGAAUUAAAUUCACAAGAUCUUCUAAAGAAACAAGACUGAGGGCGAAAGACCGACACACAAAACUCAGUGUAGAGAGGGAGAGAGAGAGAGAGAGACGAAAAGAGAGAGACACAGACUGAGAGAAAAAGGGACAUGCACACACAGACCAAUAGAGAAAUGCACAUAGGCCAAGAGAGAGAGAGACACGUACAGACCCGAUAUAGAGAAAGACAGUGGCACACUUAGACCCAGUAUUGGGGGAGUGGGGGGGGAAGAGCAAAGGAGGACAGGAACAUAAGGACCAAGACACACACACACACACCAAGAAACAGAAAUUGAGACAAAACAUGCAGACUGAGAAAGAGGGAGAGACACACACAGACUGAGAGAAAGACAAACAGAAUUAGAUGCACAGACCAAGGGACCAAGGCUGGGACAAAGGUUGACUGAGAUACAACCGCACAUGCAGACUGAGAAACAAAGAUGGAGACACACGCACAGAUCAAGAGGGAAAGAUGGAGAGACUCACUGACCAAGAGAGAGAGAGAGAGAGAGAGAGAGGAUGACAAACAUACAGACCGCGAGGGUUCGGCAGAGACUCAGGACAUUCAGAGAUCACCAUGACAACAGAUCAUGGCAGUCUGGUCCAGGGUUGCCACCAGAUUGGUGUGGUCUCAGCCAUCUGGAGGAAUGCUGGAUAGUGUACAAAGAAGGCCUCUCUGAAAAGCUUUGCUCCUGUCUCCUCUCUCAGUCCGAAGGUGUGUAUGUUAAGUAGAUUGGCCAUGCUAAAUUGUCCAUAGUGUUCAGGGAUGUGCAGGCUGGAUGGAUUAGCUAUGAGCCAUUGGAAAUGCAGGGUUAUAGAAUAAAGGGAUGGGGUCUGGGUGGGUUGCUCUUCAGAGGGGCAGUGUGAAUCAAUGGGCUGAAUGGCCUGCUUCCACACUAUAAGGAUUCUAUGAUUUAUGAUAUCCAGAGGCUGCCUUGAUUUACUGUUUCAGGACCCCCUGACUAAAUGGUAUUCCCCUUGACUGAUAACUAUUCCCCCUUGAUUUUGAGACAUGGUUGUUAACAUAAAGCAUGUGCCAUUUGUCCUCUCACAUAAGUUGCUGGUAUGUUGGAGUGUGAGACAGUGUUGUGCAGUGUAUCCAUCCCCUUGACUCUGUUUUGACUUGCUUAUAGCACAGAGGUGCUGUGCACUUGUUAGCACUCAGACUGAGGAGGAAAAGUGCUAGAAAGUGAGGCUGGGGGUGACUGUGAGCAUCCAAUUAGGUUCUAAAUAAAGGAGCUCUAAGGAAGCAAGUGAGAGCAGCCUUGAGAAGUAGCCUGGUCCACUCUAUCAGCUGGAUGCCUGUCCUUUCAGCAACCUCAAAGUGAGAAGCUCAUCGUGAUGUUCCGAAACUCAAUUGGAAAAUGUGACAUGUUGCUUUCGACGCCAAGAAAACCACACUCAGUCCUGACGAAGGGUCACUGGACCUGAAACAUUAGCCCUGCUCUCUCUCCACUAAUGCUGCCAGAUCUGCUAAGUUUCUACAGCAAUUUCUGUCUCUGAUUUCCAACAUCCACAGUUCUUUCUGUUUCCUAGUUUUUGUUUGUUUGUUAUAAUUUGUUGUUUUCGAUUCUAAGAAGAAUUCAAGCUCUGAUGUACUGGACUGGAUGUUGGUGGCAUUGUGACUGAAUGAGUUCAGAACUAUGUUAACUAACACUUGCUUUUCCAAAUAAUUUUUUGAUACUACUAUCUCAAGAAGCCUAAUGAUAACACCCAAUCUGUCUUUUGAUCUUGUUUCUGAGAAUUGAGCUGUAGACUUCCACUAUUUCCAUGGUCCAAAUAUAUGGGUAAAGUACUGCAGUGGUUUUCCAUUGUUGUCUACAGUUAGAGUUUUGAUUUACUUCCUAAUGCAUAUUGGUGACCUAAGCUCACUUGCUUUGUUCAUGUACACUUCAGCGCAAUCUGUUUUGACAUUAAGCUCCGAAUUCUUAUACUGUCUUUGAUUCUUCUCUUUACCAACUGCACUGGAAGGACAUACAGCCUGAUAACAAACCUGUUUAGCCCCGCUACAAACUCACCUUCUUCCACAACCUAACAAGUCCCGGAAUGAGGUUCAAACUUGGAGCUUCUUGCUCAGAGUUAGGGAUACUACCACUGCGCCACAACACUUACUAACAGUGCUGCAAAUUGUAUAAAUAUCAAGUUUUUGAAGAAGUAAUUACCCUACGUCACCUUUAACAUAUUGAAAGAUUGAGGACAGGCAGUGUGAAUGGGGAAAAACAGCUUUACAUAUUCAUAGCUGAACCGUACACUAUGGCGCGGUACCUACCAGAGAAACAUUGUACUUUAAAUAUAGUUCGAAAUAUCUGUCCCAUUUUAAUUGUAAUGAAUCCUGAUUUGUAAUUGUCUAAUUUUAUCUAUUGGAAUAUUUGUUGAAAUGAAUCAUUUUCACUUGAUUAAAACAUUUUUGGACAUUAA